CUGAGGAUCGUAUUUUUGUUCCUGUGUCAACGAAAAGAAGAAAAGAACAGCAGUCAGUGAGACCUGGCUGAGUUUCCAUUUAGGCAGGUUUUUUUUUUAAGCUUACGGAAAGAUCUCCUCACAUCUCAGCCGAGCCAGACCGUCGUCAGCUCAGCAGAGCCCCGUUUGAAGAUGAACUCCAACAUGGAGAAUCUGCCGCCUCAUAUUCUUCGCUUGGUCUAUAAAGAAGUUUUAGCUUUAACAGCAGACCCGCCUGAAGGUAUCAAGAUCUACCCCAGUGACGACAUAACUGAGCUACACACAGCAAUCGAAGGACCAGAGGGAACUCCGUUUUCUGGUGGCGUUUUCCGAAUGCGUCUGGUCCUCAGGAAGGACUUCCCCGCGGUUCCCCCCAAGGGGUAUUUCCUGACCAAGAUUUUUCACCCUAAUGUGGGUCACAAGGGAGAGAUCUGUGUCAACGUGCUGAAGAGGGACUGGAAGGCAGAACUCGGCCUCAGACACGUCUUACUCACGAUCAAGUGUCUCCUCAUCCAUCCAAAUCCAGAGUCCGCUCUGAACGAAGAGGCCGGGCGUUUGCUGUUGGAGGACUACGCGGCAUAUGAAUCCCGUGCUCGUCUGCUCACAGAGAUCCACGCCAUGGGCGGCUCCUCUGGGGAACCUCGGGACCCUCACGACGGCCCGCAGCCGAAGAAGCACGCAGGUGACCCGAUGAAGAGAGCGGGACCGAGUGCAGGAGCUGUGCCAGCAGCGCUGGGUAACGGGGCCAGCGGAGCAAGUACCACCAGCAGCAACAGUAGUAGCACGAAUGUAGCAGGGAAGAAGAAAGCAGAUAAAAAACGUGCAUUGAGGCGACUUUAAUACCUCCGCGAAAUUCUCAGUGUGGGUGUGUACGUUUGUGAGUGCGAGAGUGUGUGUAAAUAUAAAUAUUGAAGUGUGCUGACAAUGUUUUUGUUCCCUUUUUUCUGACUCUUUCUACCACCUCUCCAGACUGUCCACUUUGUACUCUUACCGUAACUUGGUCCUGUUGGCAAAACACGUUUGUCAAUUAUUCCCAUCCCGCGAGACGUGAUGAUAAAAUGUUUCUUCCUCUUUUUAAAAGGAAAGACGACACCGUCACUGCGGAAAUCAUGCCAUCUGCUGUGCUUUGCCCGUGGCCUGGUGUGAAUGAUUGGGACGGGGAAUGGGUGUCACUGUUCAGCAUGACCUCUCAUGUCGUCCAUUAUGAGAAGUAGCUGUCGUCUCAGGCCUGAUGUCGGCUCUCUUCGAAGUGCUUCCUGGUUGAUGCUGCUGUAUGGUACCGUGUACUGCUCGUGAGUCUGAACCAGGACGUAACUUUCAUUAUCGUCGGGUUUUCAAAUUGAACAGAGAUAAUAGAUGUUGCUGAACAAUUGUGGGGAAGGGAUGGAAAGACCAUAAGGGGUCUGUUAUGUUUUUCAUGAAAUCUCAACACCUUUAUAAUGUUUUUAAUUUUUUUAAAAUAAUUUUCUAAAAUUGUUUCACUGUCCAGUAUUUACAAAGGUUGUUUAUAACUAACAUGUUCAUAUUCAGCUGUCGUGUGUGUGUGUGUUUAAAGACGUAGAUCCGUGAUUGAGGGAACAGGGUAGUUUGCCUGAAUACUUUAUAGGAAAGGAAUUAUCUAAUUUGUGUAUUAAGCAUACAGUGGUGUGACUCGCUUAAACUACCCCUGCUUCCCUACAAAGCAGUUUGUGCUCCCAGCGCUCCGACCAGCUACAUGGGUACCUCAGACGACAUCUGUAGAGAAACGUCCAGGUUUGAUGUCCUUCGUCUCCCCACCCAUCGCACUGGCAGGCAGGGCUUCCUGGGCAGGUUUUCUCUCUGCCUACAUUUCCCAAGGAAACGCACUGACGCGCUGUCUUAAUUUGGAUAGAAAAUGUGCCUCUGAAUCUCCUGUCAAUGUGCAGACUGUCGGCUGGAUAUUUUGUGUCCAUUUUAAAUUAUUUAAAUUAAUAAAACCUUGAAAUACAAGAAGUGAAAUGAAAAAUUCUGAAUAUUUGCUCUUUAAAAAAAAAAAAAUGCA